AUAAAAUUUGUCAUAAUAUUUAAAACGUAAAGUGUCACGUGUCAGUGACAAAAGUUAGAGGUUAAUUAUAUAUAUGACGUCUUCUCAAAUCACUUGCGAUUCUACGCCUACGAUUUAUUGGUUAUUCUAUCAUUGUGUAACAAUUUAAAUAUUUCGAAUAUAUUUAUCAGAUUUGUUACAUGUAUGAAUAAAAAAAGUGAUUAUGUAACACGUGAUUAGAUAUUAUUAGAAACAAUAAUAAUCGAACAAGAUGACAUUGAAAUAUGCAAAAAGCAAAUUUUAAGGUUAUAAUUUCACUCCAAAACUAAAUGCAAAUUGUCAAAUAUCACAACAGAAUCGAGUAUUUUACAUACUCGACAUGUCCAGGCAUGCAGUUUUUCUGAAACAAUUGACACUGCCAUGGAAGUGUGACUCUUUUGAGAAGAGCUUGUGGCGAAUGUACAGAACAGGAGCAAGUUAUAAAACCAAAGAGUAUGAAGGUCGCAAAUUAGUAGGGUUUGCGAUGGAGAAACUGUAUUAUGUGGUCGCUGAUGUAGGAAAUUACAAGGAUUUUAUACCCUUCUGCAAGAAAUCUGAAAUUACUUUAAAAACCGAAGACUUCCUGAAGGCCAAUCUAGUAAUAGGAUUCCCACCUAUAAACGAAAGUUAUAGUUCAAAGGUGACUAUGAUAUAUCCAAGGAUAGUUAAGGCAGAAUGUAGAGAUGGCAGAUUGUUCGAACACUUGAAUACGCUGUGGCAUUUUAGUCCUGGAUUGAAAAACAAUCCGGAAACAUGCGUGAUUGAUUUCUCCUUGUCUUUUGAAUUCAAGUCUGCCAUUUAUUCUCAUUUGUCGAAUCUGUUUUUCAACGAGAUUGUAAGACAGAUGGAGAAUGCUUUUCUUCAGGAAGCUGAAAGAAGGUAUGGCCAGCCAUGUUUAAAAACAGUACAGUUGCAAAGAUGAUUGGAAAUCAUUUACAUAGAUAAUCAAUUAUAGAUAAAAAUUUGUUUUUAUGAAUUAAUAAAUUUAUUUAUUGAUAUCAAAGCUGUCUUUAAAAUGACCGCAUGUACAAAUUUGUCAAGAUUAAUGAUAAAAUGUUGACGUGACAAAAUAUAACGAACUAAUUACUUUUAA